UUCGACGUUAGCACGGCGGCUAGUUGCUAGGUACGUAAAUACUGAACGGCAGCAGGUGGCCACUGUGGCCUGAAGCUGGGAGUUCCUGCAUCCUUUAACUUCGCAACUUAUAUACCAGCCUUUAUUACUAGUUUGUCAGUGUUCCCUACGCAUCUAAAUGAUUAUUUCCGGUGUAUAUUUGACUGGUUAGUCUUUGUUGACUCGUUUUGCGUCUGCUUUUUACUAAACAUACCGCAACGGUAAAUUAUCGGGAUGUCACUUUGAACCGGAUCACCGGUUCUUACCUGAUUGGAUGCAUUAAAAAAGUUUUUAAAACAUAGUAACGGCACGUGUUCUGGCUACGGCAUGUCUGCGCACAAAGGAGAAAACAAUUUCCUACGUUUCGGCCAGGUUGUGAUCGGACCGCCUGGUUCUGGGAAAACCACGUACUGCAAGGCCAUGCAAGAGUUCCUUACCCACCUCGGACGCAAGGUAGUUGUGGUAAACAUGGACCCGGCUAAUGAUGGACUUCCGUACUCUUGUGCCGUGGAUAUCUCCGAGUUGGUUACUUUGGAUGAUGUCAUGGACGGCCUGAAGCUGGGGCCCAAUGGCGGGCUUCUCUACUGCAUGGAGUAUGUGGAGGCAAACCUGGACUGGUUGGAAAAUAAGCUGAAGGAACACCUGGACUGUUACUUCUUGUUUGACUGCCCCGGGCAGGUGGAGCUCUACACACACCAGAAUUCAGUGAAAAAUAUAUUCUUGCAAUUGGGAAAGUGGAAUUUCAGGCUAACAUGCGUGCACCUUGUGGACUCUCACUACUGUGCGGACCCAGCCAAAUUCAUCUCUGUCCUGUGCACCUCGCUGUCCACCAUGCUACAUGUUGAGCUCCCUCAUGUCAACAUCCUCUCCAAGAUGGACCUAAUUGAGCAGUAUGGCAAACUAGCAUUCAACCUGGACUUCUACACUGAAGUUAUGGACUUGACGUAUCUUCUUGAUCACCUGGCUGCAGAUCCCUUCUUCAAAAAAUUUCGCCAUCUAAAUGAAAAGCUGGCCGAGGUCAUUCAAGAUUACAGCCUCGUCUCUUUCGUGUCCCUCAAUGUUCAGGACAAAGAGAGUAUGAUGCGGGUAUUGCGGGCGGUAGACAAAGCCAACGGCUGCUGCUUUGGAGACCUGGAGGAGAGGAAUCUUCAGGCCAUGAUGUCAUCUGCCAUCGGGGCAGACUUUCAAUUUGGCUCCACACUUGGAGUUCAAGAGCAGUACCUUGAAACCACCAGAAAGACAGUGGAGGAGGAAUUGAUGGACCUUUAAAUGGAAGAAUGCGAAAUGAUGCCUACACACAACCUAACUGGCUUACUUUGUGAAUCCCUCCAUGGAAGCAAAGACAUACACAAGAAUGACAUUUGAAGGACACUGGUUGCCAUAUAUGUUUGAUCUAAAUAUAUUGAAUGAAAUGUGACUGCAAUGCAUUGGGAUGCUUUGAGAAAACGUGUCCAAUGGGAUUGCAUGUGUGCUCUCCUCCAGCGUGUGGCAGGCGACGUGCUGCCAAACGGUGGAGUCUGCUCUCUGAAGGGCUGCUCCAGCUUUUCCCUGCAGCCAGAGCAUAAAAAUUAAGUCAGGCGGGGAGAGGAAGCCACAUUAAAUGUGUUUCUGCA